UACAUGGACGUCACGUAAGUCACGUAGCUCGAUGGCGCCAUCACGCGGCCAUCAUCACCACACAACGUGUUCGCACUGCGUCUGCUCCUGCGACACAUCCGGCCGGUCCCUAUCAAUCGAUCAGAGAGAGGAAGAUGGCGGUGGAUGGAGUUAGCGGGGCAAGAUCGAUCACCGAAAAACUCGAUUGGGUUUGCUUUUCGUAACUCAGUCAAAGACUCGUAAACACCGCUCGGUCCAGCAGUUUGAACCCGGAGCGAAGAGGAGAUAACAAGGAGUGGUCCUCUGAGCCUGUGCAUUCCUGCCAGCCUCCUCCACGAUCUUCAAGCCUUCAGAGCGAUGGAGUUCCCGUGGCACAGUGGGAAAGUUCUGGAGCAGCUUGAUCGGCAACGCAAGCAGGGCCUGCUGUGUGAUUGCACCUUUGUAGUGGAUGGGGUGGACUUCAAGGCCCACAAAGCUGUGUUAGCGGCCUGCAGUAUCUACUUCCGCACCCUCUUCUUGGACCAGAAAGAUGUGGUGCAUCUGGACAUCAGCAAUGCAGCAGGUUUGGGUCAGGUCCUGGAGUUUAUGUACACAGCCAAGCUGAGUUUAAGUCCACAGAAUGUAGAAGACGUGCUUGCUGUUGCCAACUUUCUACAAAUGCAAGAGAUUGUAAACGCCUGCUCUGCGUACCAGUCGAUGGCAAACCCAGCUCCUUCCCUCAUAACACUGGAUUUCACCGUUGAAGAAAAAGCAGGUGAAAAGGAGCAGAAAGAGGAGCUGGAGGGCGACCUGGCAGAAGUGCCAUCACAAGUGGAGGAGCCUCCUUCUGACGGUCCAACUGAAGAUCAAGAGCCCACACAAAAUCAGGACAAUGUAGAGGAAGACGUCUCUGCCGAAACACAAGAGACUGCUUCUCAGCCCAGCCCUGCCAGAACCAACUCAGGCCGAGGACGACCCCCCAAAACCAGCCCCCUUUCUGCCCAGAAGAAGACGCCUGUAAAGAAGGAAGGAGGGAGCACCGAACAAGAUGCACCUGGAUUUCAGGACGACCCCUCUGACGCCGACUAUACGCCCAAGUCACAGCUGAAAUCUGGCGGCAGCUCGUCCUACAUGAGCUCUCGAGGGAGAAGAAUCAGAAAACCUCCUCGACGAAACUUCCCACCCGACAACGACUCAGAGGAUGAAGACGCGUCAAAGACGAAACCCGAGAAGAAGGUGACGGAGCCGGCUCAGGUGGCCGAGGACCAGGAGGAGGAAGACUCUGGGGAGGCUGGUGAUGGGGGAACUGAUGAUGAUGAGGAUGAUGAUGAAGAUGAAGAAGAGGAGGCCGGUGAGGAAGAUGGCGAGGACGGCCAGCAGGCGGGAGGAGGUGACUCCAGCGGCGAGAGAGACGGGAGACAAACCCAGGCAGCGUCGAUGAGCAGCCGCUCCGAGUCAAAGCCUUACAGCUCCGUGACUCACAAAUGUGAGGACUGUGGGAAGAAAUUCACCCACACUGGUAAUUUCAAGAGACACAUGCGCAUUCACACGGGAGAGAAGCCGUUCAGCUGUCGGGACUGCAACAAGGCUUUCUCUGACCCAGCAGCCUGUAAAGCCCACGAGAAAACACACAGCCCUCUGAAGCCGUACUGCUGCUCCACCUGCGGGAAGAGCUACCGCCAGAUCAGCCUGCUCAACCUGCACCGCAAACGCCACACAGGUGAGGCGCGCUACAGCUGCGACGUGUGCGGCAAGCUCUUCACCACAUCCGGAAACCUGAAGCGGCAUCAGCUGGUGCACAGCGGCGAGAAGCCGUAUCACUGCGACUACUGCGAGAAGGCCUUUUCUGACCCCACGGCCAAGAUGCGACACCUGGAGACGCACGACACAGAGAAGGGCAACAAGUGUCCACACUGCGAGAAACGCUUCAACCAGCUGGGAAAUCUGAAGGCUCACUUAAAAAUCCACAUUACAGACGGGCCUCUCAAGUGCAAAGAGUGUGGCAAACAGUUCACCACUUCAGGAAAUCUGAAGAGACACCUGCGGGUUCACAGCGGGGAGAAACCGUAUGUCUGCGUUCACUGUCAGAGAGCUUUCAGCGACCCCGGAGCUCUGCAGCGACAUGAACGCAUCCACACAGGAGAGAAGCCCUGCGUCUGUCUUAUCUGCGGCAAAGCCUUCACCCAGGCCAGCUCGCUUAUCGCUCACGUCCGCCAGCACACGGGAGAGAAGCCUUAUGUGUGUGAUCGCUGCGGCAAAAGGUUUGUGCAAUCCAGUCAACUGGCCAAUCACAUUCGGCACCAUGACAACGUCCGUCCACACAAGUGUCAGAUGUGCAACAAAGCAUUUGUCAAUGUGGGAGACCUGUCGAAGCACAUCAUCAUACACACAGGGGAGAAACCUUUCCUGUGUGAUAAAUGCGGCCGAGGGUUCAACCGUGUGGACAACCUCCGCUCCCACGUCAAGACCGUCCACCACGGCAAGGCCGGCAUGAAGCGGCUGGUCGUAGCCGGGGGCAGCGCGGACGAGGGGGCUGAUGUGUGCGCAGGCACGGCCACCUCUGACAACGAAAUCAACAUAGUUACCGUAACCACGGAGGACAUCGUCACCCUGGCAACCGAGGCCCUGGCAGGCAGUGCCGUAGCUCAGCUGACAGUAGUUCCAGUGGCGGCUUCAGUGUCGGCAGAUGAGACCGAGGCUUUGAAAGCUGAAAUCACCAAAGCCGUAGAGAAAGUGCAAGAAGCAGACCCCAACACGCAGAUCUUAUACGCUUGUGAUUCAUGUGGUGAUAAAUUCUUGGAUGCGAGCUCCCUGGCCCAGCACGUUCGCAUCCACACAGCUCAGGCCUUGGUCAUGUUUCAGGCAGAUUCUGACUUCUACCAGUACACCACAGCUACCACUGCUGAGGGGGAUACCGCCACAACAUGGCAACCCACAACUGAGCAGGUCAUUCAGGAAGGGGAAAACUGAUCUGCCGUGCCCAGGACAGAAAGGGAGAAGCAGAGGGGGGGAGGAUGGAGAAGUGGAAACCCACACAGCAGAGGUGGAGGAGGAGAAAGAAGAGGAGUUGGAAUGUGAACGUCAGGCGUCGUGGAGCAGAUUUGUGAAGAGUGUAAGAAAUAUUUUUGUGAAAGAAAUCUAAUUUAUACAGGAGGAAGAAAUGCAAGAAAUAAAGUGAGUCGGUGAUGAGGUCUCAGAGUUUCAGCCUCCCAAACUUUACCUAAACUGGAUUCAUAAAACACAACAGUUUUUAAACAAUUUCAUUUUAGGAUUUAUAGUCAUAAAUCAUGUUUUAUGCAGUCAGUCCUAAUUCCAGCAAACCAGGCGAGAUUCAUUGAUUUGGUAAAUAUUGUCAAGAAGUCUUUCAGAGAUGGUUAUACUAUGUAUAGUUUGUUUAUUAUUAGACUGAAAUGCAGGAUUGUGCAUUGUCCUUUGUAUAAAACAUCACAACUCAGUCUUACCUUAUAUAACUUGAAGAACUCUGUGUUAUUUUUCCAUUUCACUCAGGUGAAAUAUGUACAUGCCCCCUAAACAGUGGAAAUAUUUUAUUGUACUUAGUAGAAGUAUUUUCACGGAAAGCACAUUAUACAGAGAUUAUUUACAUAGACAUGUAGGGGUACUAAAGAUUUAAGAAGUGGGAUGCCAUUUAUUCUUGUCCUGGCAAACACUGCAAAUGCUUUGCAUGUGUAAUAUUUGUAUAUUUGUGAUGUGUCCUCUAAGUCUUAUUACCUCUGAUAAAAAAAACAAAUAUUUGUGGUGACAACAAACUGGUCAACAAUUCUCAGUUUUACUAUGAUUGCAAGACAGCUUUUGUUUUUAUUGCAGUAAACUGAUCACACUGGUAUGAAGUAUUUUGUCUGUUUAUAUUAACACCUGCAAGAUGCUCGAUUAAAUAUCAGUUACAUAGACACACUGGUAGUCAUCAACGGAUCAAUAAAGAAUCAUCACAGUCUGA